AUGUCAGCGACUGUCGAGACCGUAACAAAAGAGGCCGCUCAAGAGGUUAACCAACUUGCAGACCAGGAUGUAGACACGGUCGACACCAAUGCACGUUACUUUGCAUAUGGUGCACGACUCAGGACAGCACUUAGGGCAUCCACCAGAUAUAUCGCAUAUACAUCAGAUAUUGGAGAAGCAUUUCGACCUGUUGUACCUCCUGCUGUAGUCACCGCCGCGUAUGGAGUCAGCUGGGCAUAUUUAGCUGGCGAUGUCGGAUACGAGACGUACAAGGCUAAGAGGCAAGGGCCAAGUGCUGUCGAGGCCGCCAAUUUUUCUGAACCAACUCGGUUGUCGAUUCUUGCGACCCAGCGAGCUGUUUUCCAGUCUGUUGCGUCCAUGGGAUUGCCGGCGAUCACUAUUCAUACCGUAGUCAAACAGGCAACCAAAGCAUUCGUUAAUGUCAAGAAUUUGCUCAAACUAGCAUGGGGACCAACUUUCACAGGGUUGGCUAUUGUUCCCUUUCUCCCGUAUAUGUAUGAUCAUCCGGUCGAGCACGCGACUGAGCGUAUUUUCGAUUGGGUUCGGGAACAAAUGAUCAAGGAGAAUGAACGCAAGGCAAAUAAGGAACUCUAA